AUGAACAAUUAUACUAACUAUUAUCUCUUCGAACAAAGUUUCCCUGAUCCAAGUAUACACCAAGAUGAGACAAAAUUACUAGAGUAUGAUAAUAAUAUAGAUAUUGAUAUGAUUACAUGGAAAUCGAUUAUAUUAUUAAGUUUAAAUAAAUUAUAUGGAUUAAUUGGUGAAUCAUCUCCAUUUGAUUUGUUAACUAAAAUUGAUUCAAAAACUAUAUUGAUUAGAAUACAUAAGGAUGAUUUUUUCAAAUUUAAUAAUAGUUUAAUGAGUUGGACAUUUAAUUUAAAUAUGUAUUAUCCUAUUGAUGUUGGUUGUUAUGUUAAAGUAAUCAACCUCGGUGAAUUUGUUGGUUUGAGUAUUUAG